GGAGAAAAAUCUUCCAACACAGCAAUAGACUACGAAGAUUUAUUCGAAAAGGUUCUUCGGAUGUAUUAUAUUGAGUCGAAUAUCUCCACGAUUUUAGAAAAUACAAAAACAACAAUAGAUCUGCAGUACACAACAUUUCAAUAUACUUACACUAACCUUAAGACAGAAUACCCUUCCUUCAUGUGGGACGCUGCAAUUGGAGCACUACGAGAUGAUAUUUCUGUUCAAAUAAUAAACGCGGACUACUUUCACGCCUUGGACACACUUUGGAAAGAUUUAAAUAAAGAUGACGUUAAACUGUUUGUAUUCUUGAGCGUACUAGCUAAACGGGUGUUGACAUAUGCAAGACAACCUUUUAGGGAUGUGCCUAAUAACGUCGGGGACGGCGGUAACCAGACUUAUACAGAAAUAGACUGUGUUGAAUUGUCACUAAACAUUGCGCGUGAAGAGAUCCACGCACUUUAUAUAGGCCAAUAUACUCAAAAAGUUCUAGCAAAUCGGUUGAAACUUACUGAUAUAAAGAAUAAAAUUAAUGGUGCUUUUCAAAAGCUUUUAUCCUCAUCUACAUGGGUUAAACAGGGUUUAAACAUAGCCGGCUCGACAAUGGCGAAAAAUAUGAAAAUGAAUUUUUCACCUUUGAAAACAAGCGUCAGACAGACGUCUAAUAUCACCGGGGAGAAACAAUCGUUCCUGUCUCUGGCGUUAGAGUUACAUAAACAGAAAUAUGUGUCCGAGAUGAGUAGGCUAGGGAAGAAAGUAUCAGAGAUAUCAAUGGACUGGACAAGUACACAAGUUUACUUUGAUGCACAUUUAAAUGCAAUAGGUCUUCCAACGGGGUUAGCAAUUUAUUUGAACGAGGAGAAUCAACCAUUUGAAGUAUAUAGUUAUAUAGGAAUGCUAAUGGCACAGAAAUUCGUCAGAGUUUUAACAGGAUCUUUAACUGGCGGGGUUCCACCACAAUGGUGGGGAACCGAUAACACACUCGCUUUUACUGAUGUCCCUCAAUGUUUUGGCCAGCAACUUUCCAAAUUCCAGAACAUGUAUUACGACAUUGGAAACAUCAUGAUUGCGAAUAGUGCUUUUGAAGUCAUUAAACAGGUUUAUCAAACUUACAGCACCAGUUUAAAUAGGGAUAUCCCUGGAACAAACAUCAAAGAAAACGUGCUGUUUGUUAUCAAUACUGCUCAGCUAUUUUGUCGACUAAAAGACGGGACGCAUACUUUUCGAUUGAUAAAAGAAAGAAUAAACAACGUCAUGACGAACAAUGUAGACUUUCAGCAGAUGUUUUCAUGUCCGGAUGUUUCGUCGAUGGUCUCCAACAACACGUGCUCGUUAUUCUCGUGAAUGACAUCAAUAACAACCAAGGAAUUAGUUUUUAUAUUUAUUCAUUUUAUAUAUAGCAGAAAUAAAAACAAUAUAAACAAACA